CCCUGAAUGAAAUUAGUGAAAUUAAUUAGAACGAGAAUUACAAUGCUGAGCAGUUUCAUUGUGAAUUAAUUAUUAUUAUUAAAUAGUAAAUAAACAAAUUAAUUAUUAUAAACAAACUACCAGUCAACAAAACAAACAACUGUCAUUAAAUUAAAUAAAAUGAAAAAAAUGCUAAAUUAAAAAUUACACGAUUAUAUAUGUCUCUUUCUAAUCCAUAAAUUAAAAAGAGUGAGAAAACUAAUGAAACUAUAAAACUAAGAAGUUAGAUUUGACAACGUCGCUGCUAAAGGUUGACGGUUGACAAAACAAUUUUUUUUGUGAGGUUAAGAUUCUUUUGUUUAUAUUUUUAAAAAAAAAACGUUAAUAAUAAUAAUUAAAAUAUUCAUCAUGCAAACUAUAAAUAAAUAAUUAAUUAACCAAUGAAAAUGAAUAAUAUUCACUCAUUAUAUAAACGGUUUUUUGCCAGUUAAAGUUAAAAUGAGUGAGUUUAUUGUUAUUCAAGUUGGUCAAUGUGGCAAUCAAAUAGGCAGUGCCCUAUGGCCUAAAAUCCUUCAAGAAUAUGAUGUGUCUCUAAAACCGAAACCCCAUAACAAACCUCUAUCGAACCAAGAGUCUUUUUCAUCAUUUUUCAAUGUACCACCGACAAAAACUGAUAAUUCCUACAAUUCGUUACAAGAACUGGUUAAUAAUAAAGUCAAAGCGAGAGCAGUUUGUAUCGAUAUGGAAGAUGGGGUGGUUGCAAGAUUCAGAAAUGGGGUUUUGAAGGGGUUAUUUGAAGAAAGAUGCAUGGUUACUAAUUAUCCUGGAUCUGGGAACAAUUGGGCAGAAGGUUUUUGUGAACACGGACCACAAUACCAAGAAAAAAUCUUAAAAUCCCUAAGACACUCGAUAGAAAGGUGCGAUAGCUUGCACGGAUUUUUAAUGUUAUUUUCAACUGGAGGAGGUACAGGAUCUGGCCUAGGAACUUUUGUUUUAAAUAUUUUAUCAGAAUUUUAUCCUAAAAUUGAAAGGUUUGUUUCUUGUGUCUACGCAACUGGCACUGAAGAUGUAAUAACAAGUCCUUAUAACAAUGCUUUAGCGACACAUCAGAUAUUGGAAAAUGCUACUUGUGUAUUUCCAGUGGAAAACCGAUGUCUUCUGGAAAUAGUGGCAAGAAAACAUAAAAAUGGCAUUAAUGAAAUUAAUAUGUUCAACGCCACUGACGAUAUGAACAGCAGUAUUGUUGAUAUGUUGCUACACUUAACUAGUGGCUCAAGAUUUUCUGGAACUUUAAAUUUUGACAUGAACGAUAUCAAUACUAAUAUGGUGCCAUAUCCCAAAAUGAAUUUUAUUUCCACUGGUUUCAAUCAUUUAGUAAAAUCUAGCCUUAUUGCUAAAAAUAAAAGCAAGCAACUUAAAGAAGAAAUGUUCCUAGCCUCAUGCAACAGACAAAAUCAACUAAUUCAAAUAGACCCAUUAAGUCCAAAAUCACUUCUAUUAUCAUCUACCCUGAUAGGUAGAGGUGAUUAUACAAUAACAGAUUUACAGACUUAUAUAGAUAAAUUGCAAAGUAAAGCCAAAUUUACUGCUUGGUCUAAAAAAUCUAUUAAAGUAGGUCUUUGCAAUGUACCACCUAAUGGGCAAACUGUUGCCUUAUUUUCUUUAUUCAACACUACAGCGAUGUAUAGUUUGUUUGAACAUCUUUAUAAGCAAUAUAAUAGUUUGUAUAGGAAACGGGCUCACAUACAUCACUAUACAAAAAUUAAUAAUUUCGAUAUUGAUUUCUUUGAGGAAAGUAAAGAAUCUUUGCAAGAUAUGAUGCAAAAAUAUACAGAACUAGAAAAUCAAAGUCCUCUUAAUAUUCCAAGAUUAACCCCCCAAUAGAAUAAUGUAAGUAUUUUAUUAUAUUCUUUAUAUUUUAGGCUCAAAUAAGUGAUUUUUACAAAAUGUGAUAUAAUUGUGCCAUUGUUUUAUUAAAGUUUUGUCUAAAUAACUAUCUGUAAUGUAUGCCAAAAAAUGUUUUAUAUAUCCAUAUACUUUGUAACUACAAUAAAACUCAAAAAAAAUUUUGUACAAUUAAUUGUCCAAUCUAGUCCUUAGUCCUCACACGUUCCUACAAAGUAAAACAUCACAAAAUUAUUAUCGAAUAAUUAAACUAUCAGCAAUAUAUACAAGAAAAUCUAUAGAAAAAAAAUCAAAUAUGUAAAACACUAAAGCAAUAAUGAAUAUAGAUGCUGGCACCAUAAUAAACAAAAAAUAAUUGUCACUGGAUUUUUGGAACCACGGUCAUCUAUCUCCAGCUUCAUCAUCUGACACAGUUGACUCAAACGGGAAUUCUUCAGUUCUAAUAUUAGACUUAUAAUUUGAAGUAACAUCAUUUAGGUAAUCUGAAGAAGUGUACUUAUCAUCGUCCUUAAAGAAAUGUACAAAAAUAUGUUUGAAAUAACUCCAAGCCCAUACUUACGCUUUCUUCAGUUUGCUUGUAAAUUUUGUAGCUAACCAAACAAUCUCUCAAAAGUUUAUAAAGCGAGCUGUAGUUAAAAAACACCAUAAGAGUAAGUGAAAUUAUCCUGUACCAAUAAGUAGAGUACAUGCAAAUGUAUAGUUGAUAAAAAAUUACCACUGCUUGAAACAAACAGACUAAAGCCAAAGGAUAAGAAGGCAGAAUAAAUAA